AUGGCAGGUCUCAAAGUAGGGGAUGCUUUCCCUAGCGAUGUCGUCUUCUCCUAUGUACCCUACACGCCUGAAUCCUCUGAGAUUACGGCCUGCGGCAUUCCGAUCAACUACAACGCGACCAAGGAAUGGGCAGACAAGAAGGUGGUGCUCUUCGCUGUGCCGGGAGCAUUCACCCCUGGAUGCUCCGUCCGCCAUCUGCCAGGUUACAUCGAGAAGCUUGAGGAGAUCAAGGGCAAGAAGGUCGACAUCGUGGCCGUCCUGGCGUUCAAUGACGCUUUCGUCAUGAGCGCGUGGAGUAAAGCCAAUGGGAUCAAAAAUGAUGAUAUUGUUAGUAUAAUUCACCUUACCAUGGAUGCUUCCUCCCAUGCAUCGGCGGCGGGCGCUCGGGAAGAUACCCGCCCAUGCCAUUCUACCUCUUUAAAGUUGCUCGAGAAACUGGCUGACGAAGAAUGCUGGAAUCUUGGUGAGCGUACCGCUCGCUAUGCUAUAGUCAUCGACCACGGAAAGGUCACGUACGCUGAAAAAGAGCCAGGCAGAGACGUUACGGUGAGUGCGGCUCUUUUUUGA